AUAGGUCGCUUCCGGCGGGGAGGGGCGGAGGCUGCCCUGCCCCCAUAGACGGAGAGGAAGCGGCGAGGAAGGAUGCGCUUGGUGCGGCGGUGACUGCGGGGCCGGGGGCAGCGAGGGGGCUUCGUGCAGGGACAGCAGAGAGCAUCGGUCAGGCAGAGGAGUGAGGGCCACCAGCACCGGGAUACAGCCCCUCAUCCCCGCCAGGGAGGGACACAGACCUCCCCAACCCCGAUACAGCCCCAGCCGCAACUCGGGGGGCCAGGCCUCUCCCGCCAGGUUACAGACCCCUCAACCAGGGAGGGAUAUAGGCUUUUCCUCCAGACUGCCCCCAACCGCCACUGAGGGGAACAGCCCCUCCCCCCGCCAAGUAGGGACACGGGCCUUUACCUCCCCGUUCCCGGAUACAGCCCUCCGCCAGGAAGGGACACAGGCUCCCCCUCUCCCGAUACAGCCCCCGUCCUCCACUGGGGGAAACAGGCCUCCUCCACCCUUCCCCCUGCCAUUGAGGGGAAUAGGCCUCUCUCUUCAGGUUAUAGAUCUCUCAUCCAGGGAGGGACACUGGCCUUUUCCCCCCAGGAGGAGGAACACACUUCCACCUUCAUUAUUGCAACCCCCCCUUCCUUGACAGGGUCCUUCAACCACAAAAAGUUCUAUAGGAACCCUAUUCCCUCCCCACACACCCACACAACUCUGGUGAGGGCACAGGUCUCCUUACAUCACUGACUGCCCCCCUCUCUACAGAGAGAGAAAAAACAAACAAACUCAGGGAGGGUCUUGAGACAUAGGACUUCCCCCUGCACAACCAAGAAUAGACAGGUCCCCCACCCCAAGAUAGGGGCAUUGGCCUCUGCCUUGUUCUCCUCUCCAAAAAAAAAAACCAGGCUUUUAGGUGUCUCCCUGUUCUAAUUUAAUAAUCGCUGUACUCUUGAGGAGGAGUGAACUUUUAAUGGCUCUGUAACUGGCUCUCUAGAGCUGAUGGGUUGCUGAGGCUGUAUGUGGGACAGGAGAGGAAGUGUGGGUUUUAGUAUUAUUUUUAGGGAGUACUAGGAGGCAGGUUAUUUUUAGUUGAAUGGAUGGGGAAGGCCUGAUAAAACUGCCUCUGACCAUGACAUGAACUGAGUGAGACAGCCUUACGUAAGAACCAAAUCACCUGAAACACCUCCAAAGUCACCAUGGCAUCAGAAGAGGCCUCCCUGCGCGCUUUGGAGAGUCUAAUGACAGAGUUUUUCCACAAUUGUACAACCAAUGAACGGAAACGUGAGAUAGAGGAGCUUCUGAAUAACUUUGCCCAGCAGAUAGGCGCCUGGAGAUUCUGCCUCUAUUUCCUGUCAAGCACAAGAAACGACUACGUAAUGAUGUACAGUUUGACAGUGUUUGAGAACCUGAUCAAUAAGAUGUGGCUUGGGGUCCCAUCUCAAGAUAAAAUGGAGAUCCGCAGCUGCCUGCCCAAACUCCUCCUAGCUCACCACAAAACACUGCCUUAUUUUAUCAGGAACAAGCUCUGCAAAGUCAUUGUGGACAUUGGCCGACAAGACUGGCCUAUGUUCUACCAUGACUUCUUCACAAACAUUUUACAGGUAAGGAUGUCUUUGGGAAACUGUGAUUAAGUCAGGAAAUCUUCGGUGCCACUU